AUGGCAAGGCUUGACAAGCAAGGCGGCACCGCGUCUCAAUUCUCGGACUUUGUAUACGGAAAGCAGAUCGGGAGGAGCAACCAGCGCGACCCUCGCGUCCUCUUAACGGCCCAAUUUGUCCUGUGUUGCAGGAGAUUGUCUGGUACAAUAGAUGUGAUUGGACAGACCAUUACUAUCAGCAGAGUGGAAGGAAGGCGGCGUGCCAAUGAAAAUAGCAACAUACAGGUUCUUUCAGAAAGAUCCAGUGCUGAUGUAGACAGUUUUACCAAGCCACCUCCAUUUUUCCCUCCGGGAGCUCCACCUACCCACCUUCCACCGCCUCCUUUCCUCCCACCGCCUCCAACUGUCAGUACUGCUCCUCCUCUGAUUCCGCCACCAGGUAUACCAAUAACUGUGCCACCACCAGGUUUUCCUCCCCCGCCUGGAGGUCCGCCACCUUCUCUUAUACCAACAAUAGAAAGUGGACAUUCCUCUGGCUAUGACAGCCGCUCUGCUCGUGCAUUUCCGUGUUCUGCUCCUUCGUGGCCUAGUCUUGUGGACACCAGCAAACAGUGGGAUUAUUAUGCACGAAGAGAGAAAGAUAGGGAACGAGAAAGAGAGAGAGACCGAGAGAGGGAUCGUGAUCGUGAUAGGGAACGAGAACGUACCAGAGAGAGAGACAGAGAACGUGAUCACAGCCCAACUCCAAGUGUUUUCAACAGUGAUGAAGAACGAUAUAGGUACAGAGAAUAUGCAGAAAGGGGCUAUGAGCGUCACAGAACAAGCAGAGAGAAAGAGGAACGACACAGAGAAAGGAGACAUAGAGAAAAAGAAGAGACUAGACACAAAUCAUCUCGAAGUAACAGCAGGCGGCGUCAUGACAGUGAAGAAGGGGACAGCCACAGGAGGCACAAACACAAAAAAUCCAAAAGAAGCAAAGAAGGAAAAGAAGCUAGUGGUGAACCUGCCCCUGAACAGGAAAACACUGAAGCUGCUCCAGUGGAAUAGGCAUGUGUGAUAUUUGCUUACUUGCAUAUAUUAGUGCCAGAAAUAGAUUACUAUAAAUCUUGUUAUUUUUCUGGGUAUUAAAAGAAAUUUGCUCUUAAUCUUGUUCUGUUAGUACAAAAUAUAAGGUUAAUUUGUUUUUUGAAAAUAAAAGAGUGAAUUUUUCAUGUUAAGUUAA